UGUCUCCCGGGCGACAGAGCGAUGCGGCGGCCCAACGUGCUGCUCACCGGUACGCCGGGCGUUGGCAAGAGCACACUCGGGAGGGAGCUCGCAUCGAGGACUGGGCUGACCUAUAUUAACGUGGGUGACUUGGCCAAAGACGGAGAACUAUAUGAAGGUUUUGAUGAGGAGUAUGAAUGUCCAAUUUUAGAUGAAGACAGGGUAAUCGAUGACCUAGAAGACAAGAUGCGUGAGGGUGGAGUUAUUGUUGAUUACCAUGGCUGUGAUUUUUUCCCCGAACAAUGGUUUCAUAUCGUAUUUGUACUUCGCACAGACAAUUCAUUUCUAUAUGACAGGCUUGAAAGCAGGGGUUACAAAGGGAAGAAGCUACAAGACAACAUUCAAUGUGAAAUUUUUCAGACUCUUUAUGAGGAAGCUAUGUUGUCAUAUCGGGAGGAAAUCGUGCACCAGUUACCCAGCAACACUCCAGAAGACCUAGAGAGAAAUUUGGAUCAGAUUAUGCAAUGGAUUGAGCAAUGGAUGAAGGACAACAACUGACAUUUGGUGAAAAAGUAACUCUGCUGGUCUCUUCCUGGGAGGUUUAAUAAAUGACAUUUUUAACUCUUG